GUCUACUACGAAAGCGGAAGUCAAUUCCGGGUGUAAACAAACGGAUCACACGCUGAUUCGUGCAUUUCUAACUGUCAAAUGGUUGGACUUUAACCUUUGACGUGGAAUUAACCUUUUGCAUCGUGAGAGUGAGAGAGACCUUGACAGACACCAUGAAAUUCGAUCGUUUAAAAUGGACGUGUAUAUUCGUUGUAUGUUUACAAUGUUAACAUGAACAAAACCCCUGGCUUCUUCGAACAAUCCCUUUUUCUAAAUUGAUGAAAUGGAAAACGCAGUGAUGGAGAGCAGGGAUGCAGCACGAACAGAUUUCAUCUACUGCUAUGGAGCCUUGACAGAGGUUCUAAAAUGUGGUGCCGCUCACUUGGACACUGAACACAAAGUACUUGUUUUAAUCAUUCCUGGCAACCCUGGUGUUGUGGGCUUUUACAGAACCUUCAUACAAUCGCUUUAUACUAUAUUUGGCUGCCAGUACCCAGUGUGGGCUGUAAGCCAUGCUGGCCACUGUAUGCCACCUGCAUCCAUGGACAUGGUGGAAGAUGACUCCUCAACAGCUGAGCUGGAUACAUUUGGUCUAAAUGGUCAGAUAGAACACAAGCUGGCCUUCCUCAGGAAACAUGUCCCAAAGAAGACAAGCCUCAUUCUGGUUGGACACUCCAUUGGCUGUUAUAUAAUUUUGGAGAUAAUGAGAAGAGAUCCCAAUCUGAAGAUUCUGAAAGGUGUCAUGUUGUUCCCAACUAUUGAACGCAUGGCCCUGACACCUCAGGGGAAGGCUAUUACACCUGUGCUCUGUCAUUUGCGGUACGUCGCCUAUUUGUCAAUCUUCCUGAUCUCUCUUCUACCCGAAAGAGUCAAAAGCAGUCUGGUCAAACUGGUUCUUGGUCGCGUCGGCUCCCUGGAUCCCGCCGUCGUCCGAGCGACUGUAGGCCUACUCAGUGGAGACUCGGCAGCUAAUGCUGUGUACAUGGGAGGACAGGAAAUGAGGAAAGUUUUGGAAAGAGACAAUAUGACCAUUAAGAAAAACCUUGAAAAGCUUAUAUUUUACUAUGGAGCAACAGACCACUGGUGUCCUGUACAAUAUUAUCAUGAGAUCAAGAAGGACUUUCCAACAGGAGAUUUCAGACUUUGUGAAAAUGGAUUUCGUCAUGCUUUUGUUCUGGAUGCAGGGAAAGAGGUUGCAGAAAUGAUAGCUGAAUGGAUCGAGACAGAUUUGAACAUUUAACAUCUUCUUUCUUUUCUCUGCAUUCAUAGGGGAGGGUUACAUGCAGCCAGUAAGAUUUAUGUAAUUGUUUUUUUUUUUUUUUUGGCAGUAUCCUGGUAAUGCAAGGCUAAGUUAAAACAUGAAAGAGGGGCAAGUUGGACGAGUCAUGAAGAAGGCCUUUUUUCUCACUGACUGUUUAUGGGCUAUGAAGA